AUGCAAGCCCUACCCAGAUCAUGGUCAAAACACCUCAACUAUUCACGACGCGAAGAAAGCCCUGAAGAGGAAAAACUUGUUGAUAGAUCUAGCCAGUCGUCUGGCCGGCUUAUCUACGCGAAGAAAUCAGCAUCCAAGAAGCAAUUGAUAAAAUCGAUAGCUGUUUUCUUACUCAAAGGAUCCAUCGUUGCCCUAGCGAUAUAUGGUGCUGUAAAUCUCGGGCAUCGUAUUAAAGUAAAUGUUGCUCUCGCAAGACACGAAAACAGAUGCGAAUGUGGUCGGAACGUCGGGGAGGCGGUUGCCAAAGGCUGCAAGUACGACGAGUUAGCAUCCGCAUGGCUGCCACCCCACUGUCGCGACGAAGAAUUGAGUACAGAGUUCAGUAACGUAGGACCAGAAACUGGUGGGCAUUGGGGUUACUGGUUAGAUCAGAAUGGGACAAGGCCUGUAACUCCACACGAACUGGGUUUUAUCGCCGAUACAGACGACGUUUAUUGGACGACAACUCAGUGGCAUAUCGUGCACUGCGUAUAUUACUCAUUAAAGCAGUUUCGAUCAAAGACAAGUGGCGUAGUAAUCGAGGAAAGAUAUGACAACGAAGGCCAUAUCCGUCAUUGUGGCAUGGUGAUGUUGAAGUAUAUGCUCCCACCGAAGAUAAGUACCUUUCAGAGUGCUGCACUCACUAGCGAGCUUUUCACUGAGCAAGAUGACGCUCAUCCUUAG